AUGGCCCCAUCUGACACAAACAACCGAGCCACAAAGCCUCCGGCCUCGGGUUCAAGUUCGGGGGAUGCCGAUUUGGCCCAGGCCUACCGAGACCUUGCCAGGCUCCAUAGAGGCGAGCAAGCGGCCACAGCGCUUGAGAAUAAUCUUUCAAACCUUGAGAGCAGACUCGAUGCCAUCCUCGCUGCUUUAGAAGCCAGAGAAACCCCACAGAUGCCCGCCACCGCAGCUAAGGUCAACAGCUCCCCGGGAGCUGCAGACAAAGAUCAGAAGGGCAGAUCACUGGACGGUGCUAAUGGCGACGCAGAAAAGAUUGAAAAGGAUGCAACCUAA